AACAUCGUCGUCUGAGUUCCCUGAUCGUGUUCGCUGAUACUGGUACCCACAUGGGCUAGCUGGUCGAACUGUCCGUAACUUCAAGGAUGAAAAGGCGGUGCGGGUCCAUUUGGGGGAGAUCGUUGAUGGGCCACCCACAGCAGGUGCACAAUGGAAAUUGAAGGCAGACCCAAAGUGUCGUGUAGUUCUCUUCGAAAGCAAUGCCCCCGGGGACCGACGUCUUAAUGUCACAAAGGAAAUGGUGCAGAGGCUCUUCAGUUACCAUCAAGUCCCAUCGUGCUAUCUUAACCUUCUCACCUUUUAUCACGAAUCGACUCAUCUGAACGACAGCUAUGGUGCAUUCAUUGGCCAGCAUUCCCUUUCUAUUCCAGGACGUCCGUUCCAUGCCCUUGGGCGUAGUGGUCGACGCAUUCAUGUCUCAUAUGCCCUCCGCACCACGGCACAGUUCAUUGAGCAGAGCGAGGUGAAGCUCAGGGACGGUCUCAGAGACGAUCAAGCCGCAAAGCGUGGUGUCCACGACUGGGUCAACCCACAAGCACUCAUACACCACCAGUUCGAUCCAAUCAGCGGCGCCGCCACCUGGUUCAUCACGACUUCCAUGAAGCCUGGAAAGGACAAAGGUGACUAUAAGCCCGUGAUGUGGAAAGAGCAUCUGAGCUCUUUCUUCAGCGGUCAACACCAGGAUAAGGCCUUCGACGAGCCCCACACCGCCUUCGAGUCCAGCCUACAGGUACAUCUGAGACUGGUUAGGUGGUCUCUCGAGAGUCUUUCCGGCUUCAUCCAGCACUCUGAAAAGAAACUCAACCGAUUGACUCAGCGCUACACCGCGAUUGAAGUUGAGGUCUUUGAUGACAAAGACAUACAACGGCUCGGGAACUUGAUGGAUCGCAUCAACAUGCGGCUCAUGGACCUGAAAAGUAAUCGCAAGGUGCUCACGGCCUUGCAGACGUUCUACAAACGACAGUUCGGAGAGCACCACACUCCAAGCAUGGAGGCCUACUGCGGCGGCUGGGCAGACAAGAGUUGCGGCAUCGUCUACCGGUUCAGCGCAGAGCUAGAUGAACUUCUUGACGAGCUGGACACGAUAUCUGACCGCUUGACCGCACUCAAGGAGAAGAUUGACUGGAGCACAAACAGUAUCCUCUCAACGCUUCUCCAGAAUCAAAGCAACAAGCGCGUCUAUGCACUGACCAAGCAAGGGCAAAAGGAGGCCGUCAUUGUCGCCCUGUUCCAGUACAUUGCGCUCAUCUUCCUGCCUGCUACAGUUGUUUCGGCCGUUUUCAGCACCGACAUCGUCAAAUUUCAAGACCUCAGCCCCGGCCAAGUCCUCUCCUACUCCCCGCAGGCCCUCCUCGCGUGGGGUAUCACCACAAUCGGCCUCACGAUACUCACAAUCGGCUUCUCCGAGACCUGGAAGCGCUACAAGCGCCGCCAGCAGGACAUUGCGGACGCCGGUGGUCUCGAUGAGGACGACGACAGCAACGACGACGACUCCUGGCAUGGCACCGGCCGGAAUAACACCAGAAACACAAAUCAAAGCGGCGGGAGCAGGCGCAUGAUGGUUACAAACACAAGUCACUCGGCCAGGCAUGGCUUCAGCCCCACCGGUAUGGGCAAUGGCCAUGCCGGCACGCAUUACUCUAGUAAUCAUGCCAAUGGUGUCGGCGCCGACAGGGCUGGAGGCGAUGACCCCAUGGUGACAAACAACUUUCGUGCUCGGGGCCGCACCGCUGCGCUGGUAGGCCAUUCGGGCGAGCCGGCCGGGGAAAAUCAUACCACAGCACGGUUGGUCGGGCUGCCUGGGUUUGUCGUGGAGCAGGCGAAUGUGCCCGCUCCUGCGGCGCAUCUGCCGAGCUCGAGGCGGAGAAGGUCGAGGAUCGUAAAUGUCUUGGCUACAAGGCGUGGGCAUAGGCGGAUUCCGUCUAAUGCUAGUGUUGCAUCGCCAGCAAAUGCUGACCACGACGAGGGUAAUCGUGUUCCAAGGACGGAUGGUGAUGGGGCUGGGGCCGGUCCGGGUCACGAAGAUAUGGUGAUGACGAGUCUGGAGGAACGCCAGCCAUGAGAGGGCAAGUUCCGGUUAGCAUUGACGUGUGCUUCCUCUGUAUCAAUAUAUUUAAAAGUCACAAUGCAACGGAUGACUAGCUAUGU